CUAAGAGCUAAGAGACAGCGACUGGAAGCUAGCUGCCCGUUGGUGUGUAUGUGUUGCCAUGACAACCAGCAGGCUCGGCCAGUCCUGGGAUCUAUAUACGUGAUCGCCUCUGUGAUUGGCCAGCCCUCUCGUGGAUGUUCUAGAGGCGCUGUGAUUGGCCAGCCCUCUCGUGGAUGUUCCAGAGCCGGAAGUGGGGCGGUGCUGCCGUGGAGCUGUCGAGUCACCUCUGUCGGGAUGGAGGAGCGCGAGCUGCCGUCAUGCUGAAGCCCGGAGCCCGACAGCCGAGCCGCUUCUACCGGGACGGGGAGACGCGAGGCCCCGGUCCCGUGCUCUGAGCGAACCGCUUCUUCAGGCCGUAGUUAACAUGAAGGCAGACGGCCACCGGGCCCAGGCAGUCCGCGGGCACACGCAGGUGCUGUGAGCAGGACCCGGACCCGGACCAGGACCCGGACCCGGACCAGGACCCGGACCCGGACCAGAACCAGACGACCCCCUCAGGAUGGCGAGCCCGAGCAGGCCCACAGACGCCGCAGCUUCCUCCACCUCAGAGGCCGCCGCCGACACCACGGGACAGAGCCUGGCCAUGAACUACAAGCCCUCCCCACUGCAAGUCCAAAUAGAGAAACAGAGGGACCUCGCCCGGAAGGGAUCGGGGAAGAACCCCGUGGGGAGUCCCGUCAACCAGCAGCCCAAGAAGACCGCCAGGACCAGGCUGGUGGUGCCCAACAGAGGGUACUCGUCUCUAGACCAGAGCCCGGACGAGAAGCCGCUGGUCGCCCUGGACACGGACAGGUACGGACCCCGCGCACCUCCAGAGGACCCGUCUCACUGCUGCCCUCACCUGUCUCACUGCUGCCCUCACCUGUCUCACUGCUGCCCUCACCCGUCUCACUGCUGCCCUCACCCGUCUCACUGCUGCCCUCACCCGUCUCACUGCUGCCCUCACCAAACGGUGGUACCUGAUGAACCUGAGGGCAGCUCUCGGUCCCGUGGUCACGGACAGAACUGCUCCGGCUCCAGCGCCUCCGGUGACUCGGAGCUCGCGACUGCGCCGCUGGGUCGUGGUGUGUUCAGUGUCCUUGACGAGAGGAGGACGUUCCACGUCUCCUCCGUGGUGUCCACUGGGUGCACCGCAGAAGCCGAGAGGUGA